AAAAAAAAAACCCCAAAACCAUCUGGGCAGCAGCCCGCGUACUGAGCAAACGCACGACGCAGUAAAGUCAACUGCUUCCAUCCAUUGGAUCCCUAUCCAACGGUCCAGGCAGGCCAAAUUCUUGAGUGCCAGUGUGCCACAUAACCCCAAACCGUCAUCUAUCCAGAAUUCCAGAUAAGACGCGCGCGCCACGGCUGCCGUGGAAACCAUACCGAAGGAAAAAAAAGGCCAACAAUGGACACCGCCGCCUCAUGGCGCCUCCUCUCCCCGGCGUCCUCCGCCCCGCCUCCCUGCCCGCAGCAGCUACUACCCAAGCGGCGAGCGACGUUCGCGGCCUCGCCACAGGCGCAGCAGUCGGCCAGGUCCAGCGCCAAGUUCAGGCUCCUCUGCCUCCUCCAUGACAAGUCAUCGGCGCCGACGACGUCGGUGCAGCAGAGCUCGCAGCUGCAGAGGCUGGCGACGGUGUUGCAGUGCGGCGCCGUCUGGGCAGCUGUUGAGGCGCCGGCGGCGCUGGCGACGGUGACCGGGGAGGAGGACCUGGAUAUCCUAGGGAUCCUGCCGCCGAUCGCGGCGUUCGCCGUCUUCUACUUAUUCGUCGCCCCUCCGAUAAUCAUGAACUGGAUGAGGCUGAGGUGGUACAAGCGCGAAUUCGUGGAGACGUACCUGCAGUUCAUGUUCACCUACCUCUUCUUCCCAGGGUUGAUGUUGUGGGCGCCAUUCGUCAACUUCAGGAAGUUCCCGAGGGAUCCGACCAUGAAGUACCCUUGGUCCAAGCCAAAGGAGGGCACGCCGCUGUUCAAAGACAGAUACCCGCCUAUAGACACCUAUAAGCAGCCUUGAUAUUUGUACUCGGCCGGCUCGUCGUCACGGGCACGCAGCAAAAGAUUUCUUUACCUGAAUCUGUGUAAAAACAAUAUCACAGUCUAAUAAUACCCGUGCUAGUACAUGGAAAAGCUACUCUGGAGACUCAACUCUCGAGUCAUUGUACAUGGGAAGAACCAUGCGUGUUUUUUUUUUCUUGUACAAGUACGCGCAGGCGUCAAAGCAUAUUUUGUGCUUGACAAAAGAUUACACCUAAUGGUGAUUGAGCAUA